CAAAAAACUCUGGAGAAGGAUUCUUGAACCAAUCUGAUUAACUGAUGCUAGUUCCUUUUGGUAAAUGGUCUAGAAGAGAACCCAUGCAGAAAACAUCAAAAAUCAGAAUGGCCAUUGCUUUAGCGAAGAUCAACCGGGGAACAUUAAUUCAAGGAUUACACAGCAUAUCCAGAUCCUCCAAAUCAGUGGCCGAACUCCUGCAGCCUCAGCUUGUCUGUAGACUUGUUGAGUUAAGGGACAUAGCUCAUCAUCUGCUGAGGGAAGUUAAUGCACCAAAGCAACCCCUAUAUAAUGUGCAGGUCAGGAAGGGUUCUUUGUUUGAUGUAAUUUCCUUCCCAGCAAAGACUGCUUUAACGAGCCUAAUAUAUGCCUCAUAUGCAGCAUUAAUUUAUUUGACAGUCUGUGUUAAUGCUGUUCUGGAGAAGGUAAAGAAAAUUUUCCAAGAAGAAGAAUCCAUAAGGCAAAACAGAGAGGAGAGUGAGAAUCCUAGAAAAGCCUUUUCUGAGCCUGUGCUUUCUGAUCCUGUGUUUCCUGAAGGCGAAAUCAAAGCAAAACCUUACAGGUCAUUGCCGGAGAGGCCAGACAAUGUUUCAGACAUUCCUGCUAAUCAUUUGAGUGAUAAGAUCCAGGUUUUACAUUCUGUAUUUGACCAAUCAACUGAAAUAAAUGAGUGAGGAAAUCUAAACACAAAUAUCACUGAACAGUUUAAGAGUUAUCUAUCUAAUAACAUUUUAUCUGACAAAGGUAGGAAACUAGUUUUCAUAUACUAAUAGUUAAGCUGCUUUUAAAAAGGGUGGGGAGGAACUAAUAAAAUGUCAUACUCAAGCAUUUAUAUGGUAGAGAAAAUAAAAUAUACGUAUCACUAUCUGAUAUCGUUUAAUGAACAAGAAAAUGUACCCUUUGGUGGGAAGACUUUAUGCUAUGUUUUAUAAUAUAGGUCUAUUUAUAAUACAUUUAUGUUUUUUAUUAAAGACUUGUUUUGAGUAUCUUUCUAAUUAUUUUUCUGGAAGGGUAAAACCAUCUCAAUAAAAAUGCUACAUAUCUUUUUUAGAUACAUUUUUCAAAGGACAUUUGUUUUCUAUCUACAGUCUGCAUAGUUUGAGUCUGCCUAUUAUCACUUCUUUUAUAACUCAUCUGUAAAGUAUGAGUUAUAAAUUAUGAUUUGCAAUUCAUAGAUUUCAUAAAGUUAUAAAAUAGAAUAUUAUUUACAAAUCUGACAAGAAGCCUUCUGUAUAUGAGGACAGAUUUAGAGUAACAAAUCUAAAACCAGAAAUUGAGUUCAUAUUACUCACUGUUACUACUGGAUCUUAAGAGAAAAUGUGUCUAUAACUGGCCCUGCUAACGAGAGCCAUGGUUUUGCCUGCAGGAUAUUCUUUGGUUUCUUCCGUGGCAAUUCUGGCCACAUGUUAGGACCUAAGAUAGCCAUUAUGGACUGGCCAUUAGAGGACUAGCACCUAAUAUAAUAGGCUGGGAUGUGCCUAUUCCAGAGAUGGCACAUUUCCUAUACCUGGUGAGUAGCUGCUGCCAUAAACAGUAUUUAUACAGAGCCCAAGCCUGGCUCUUUAGUAGUAGUCUGAAAAAUGAGAGCAAGUGUUGUAUUACCUCACGCUGCCCAUAUUCCAGCAGAAAGGGAAAUUUAAUAGUGUGUAGAAAAGGGCUCUGUAAGCAGAGUCUUAAUGAUACUUUAUUCACUUAUUAUUUUUAUAAUAAUCAAGGGAAAGAGUCCAGGUUUGGAGCCUUAAUUCAAUCCUGUGCCACUAAGAACAUUACUGUGCUUUGGGAAGAGGUUCCAAACAUGGCAGUUUUUCUCACUCUGAAUUCCUAUUCUGCUUACCCCAGCUCUUUCUCGUUUGACUUAUUCUUAUAUUCUAUGUGCUGCCAAGUUUUAGAUACCUAGCACCCAGGAUGUUAAAGUGCAGGGUGGGCCCCAGGCAACUAGAACAGCACUGCCCAAAGGUAACUGUCAUGGUAAAGCAGGGUGAACCCCUAACACCACCACAACAGAAAGGACUCUGAGGAAGAAUACCCUGUACCACUUCUCUCUAUAACAUGUACAUGAAACAGUUGUACAUACAUGUGCAAAGUUCUCUACAGUUUUUUUUAAAAAAUCUUUACUUGAAAAUUUCAUAUAGGCAUUCAAAUUCAAAGUGCUUUGGCUCACCGACUAGGAAAUGUCACAUCUCCCAUGGCUGGGCAGCAGCUGUGUGUGUCUUCUCACUUUGAGACUGUUUUCUUGAUCAGAGAGAAACUGAGCCAUGGUUUA